AUGACAGACUUCUACACACAAGGACCCGCCAUCGUGGGCGUGUCGCUCGUCCUGGGUGUAUGCGCGUAUCAACUUAUCUCCCGAGACAAAGCCCCCAGGAACUCGCAGCCGCCUGGUCCAAGGGGCCUCCCUUUCAUUGGUAGUGCCUUGGAUGUUAAUCCUGCCGAUCCCAGCUCGACGUUCGUCGAAUGGGAACGGAAAUACGGCGAGCUCAUCCGCUGCCGUCACUUUGGGAGAGAUCUGUUCAUCAUCAAUUCCGAGCGCAUCGCGCAAGACCUGUUUGAGCGCCGUUCGCGCAUAUACUCGGAUAGAGCGGGAUUCUCGGCGCUUGAGCCGUACGGCGUCCUGUUCAACGUGGGCAUGGUGCAAUACGGCGAUACCUGGCGCAUGCACAGGAAGCUGAUGAAUGGGCUCAUGCGGCGGGCCGCUAUCCCGAACCACCACGAUUCAAUGACCAACGGUGCUCGCAUUUUAGUUUCUAGAUUGAAGUACUCUCCUGAGAGGCACCUAGAACACUAUGACGGGUACGCCGCGAGUAGCAUUAUGCACAUCGUGUACGGCCACGACCUCGAGAAAGACCAGGAGGAGAUCGUCCAGGUGUUGUCUCAAACUGCCAGCUGCUUCGUCGAGAAAACGUCGGACGCAUUUGUGGCUCUCGUGAACAUGUUCCCCCUACUCAAGUACGUACCGGCGUGGUUUCCCGGCGGGGCCAAGUUCAACGCUGCAAAAUCAAGAGAAACGAUAAGCUCUCUUGUGUCAACGCUUUAUGGAAUGCUCCUGCGACAAGCUCCUGAGGCACGUUCAUCUUAUCAUGUGUGCGCUGCAAUAUUUGUAGGUAAGGUUGAGACUCGUUCCCCGACGUAUGUUAAUGCUGAUAUCGCUGUGCCGCUUGCAGGAGGAUUGGAGACCACCUCAUCGAUGCUCUCAAUAUUUGUUAUGGCAAUGAUGCUGUUCCCGGAAGCACAAAAACGCGCACAAGCGGAGAUCGACAGAGUCUUAAAGGGGAGGCCUCCCACAUUUGAGGAUCGCUCAUCAUUACCUUAUGUUGAAGCUGUCAUGCGGGAAGUGAUGCGAUGGGGUCCCGUUGUCCCUCUAGGUGUACCGCACUGCGCGCUGGAAGAUGACGUUUACGAAGGCUACUUCAUUCCGCAAGGAACAGUCUUGAUUGCUCACGCUGGGAGCAUGCUGCGCAACUCAGUGCGCUAUCCCAACCCAGAAAAGUUCUAUCCAGAGCGGUUCCUCAACGAAGAUGGGUCACUCAACAACGAGGACAUGGGCUAUGUGUUUGGUUUCGGACGGCGAAUCUGCCCAGGUAGAUACCUAGCCGAUGCCUCAGUUUGGAUCGCUAUGGUCUCGAUACUCGCAGAGCUGGAUAUCAAACCCGCCGUGGAUGAUGAUGGGAAUGAACUCGUCUUCAAGCCCGAGUGGAUUCACGCCCUUACGUCACGACCCAAGCCGUUCCCUUGCUGUAUUUUUCCUCGCAUAUAGCCCUCGUGCAUUGGAAGUAGAACGUAGUUUGAGCAGUGAUGCACAAAAGGGAAAUAGCCUUAAGUGCACCUGCAACCUUUCUGUGAUGUUAACGAGACUCUAUGUUAUGAAAAUUGUCAAAUAAUUCGCAAUUUAU